AUGGACCAAUAAUUAACAGAAGAUUAAAUUGCCAAUUAUAAAGAAGCUUUCUCUCUCUUUGAUAAAGAUGGUGAUAAUAAAAUAAAAGUAGAUGACUUGGGUUUAUUAAUCCGAUCAUUGAAUUAAAAUCCAACAGAGGCAGAAAUAAGUGAAAUGAAAAACGAUGUGGAUCCUGAUUCUACAGGAAUGGUUGAUUUUCCUGAGUUUCUGAGUUUGAUGGCAAGAAAACAUAGAGAUGUGGAUCCAGAAGAGGAAUUAAUGGAUGCAUUUAGAAUAUUGGAUAAAUCUAAUAAAGGAACAAUAAAUGCUAAUGAGUUAAGACAUAUGGUCAAAUCUAUGGGAGAAAGAUUGACUGAGGAAGAAGCAAAUUAAUUAAUUAAAGAAGCAAAUCCAGAUAAAGAUUUGGAAAUCAGAUAUGAAGACUUCGUAAAAUUGAUUACAACAAAAUACAUUUUAUGA